GUCAUACCCUUAGAUAUAACACUGGAACUCCAGAAGCAGAUAAUGUCAGAGUUAGAAAUUCUUUAUAAGUGUGACUCGUCAUAUAUCAUAGGAUUUUAUGGUGCUUUUUUUGUAGAAAACAGAAUUUCGUUGUGUACAGAAUUCAUGGAUGGGGGUUCUUUGGAUGUUUAUAGAAAAAUUCCAGAACAUGUACUUGGAAGAAUAGCAGUAGCUGUUGUGAAAGGCCUUACCUAUUUAUGGAGCCUAAAGAUUUUACACAGAGAUGUGAAGCCAUCGAACAUGUUGGUGAACACGCGAGGCCAGGUGAAGCUGUGCGACUUCGGGGUGAGCACGCAGCUGGUGAAUUCUAUAGCCAAGACGUAUGUCGGAACAAAUGCUUAUAUGGCGCCUGAGCGGAUUUCAGGAGAACAGUACGGAAUCCAUUCGGACGUUUGGAGUUUGGGGAUUUCCUUCAUGGAGCUUGCUCUUGGGAGGUUUCCAUAUCCUCAGAUUCAGAAAAACCAGGGAUCUUUAAUGCCUCUCCAGUUAUUGCAGUGCAUUGUUGAUGAGGAAUCGCCCGUCCUUCCAGCCGGGGAGUUCUCGGAGCCAUUUGUACACUUCAUCACUCAAUGCAUGAAAAAACAACCAAAGGAGAGGCCAGCACCUGAAGAUUUAAUGGGCCACCCGUUCAUCGUGCAGUACAACGACGGCAACGCCGAGGUCGUGUCCAUGUGGGUGUGCAGGAUGCUCGAGGAGCGGCGAUCGGCCCAGGGCCCGCAGUGA